CGGGGAUCGACGACAAAGUGCAGUCAAAUUGUGCCGAGUAAUUGACUGUCCCUGCAAUCCAAGACCAAAAACUUCCUUGAGCAAAAAAAGGGGCAAACGAAAGGCAACACACGCAUUCUCCCCUUCCCCCUCCCCCUCAAAAACAAAGGAGAAUCACAAUGACUACAAAUCCUACCACAAUCAUCGACUCACACAUCCACCUCUUCCCCUCCUCCGAGCUCCCGUCACUUAAUUGGUGGUCGCCCGGCUGCGCGCUCGACGCGCAGCACUCCAUGGACGAGUACCUCGCUGCGACGGGCAACCCCGCUGAGCUGAGAGGGUAUGUCUUUCUCGAAGCGGACCGGCGCGCGCAUGUCCGUGAUGAGAGCCUGAUGGGGUGGGAGAGGCGGUUUACUCCGCUUGGGCGAGAAGAAAUGGGCAAUGAGGAUGAGGACCGAACGGGCAAAGAAGAUGAUAUGGGGAAAGAAGACGGACAAGGACAAAGACAAGGGCAAGGGCAAGGGCAAGAAGGAUGGCAAGACGCGCUGACGGAACUGGAUUUUAUUGCGCGCGUCGUCCGGGACAUGUCUCGGCCGGGCGAGGGGCACGGGGCAGGACACGGGAACAUGUGCGUCGGCAUUGUGCCCUGGGCGCCGCUUCCUCUUGGUGUGAAUCAUCAUGGAGCUUCUGGCAAGGGAGAGGGAGAGGGUGAGGGUGAGGGUAAGAAUAAGUGCAAGAAGGGGAGGAAGUUGAGGAGGGGCCCAGAUUUGGAGACGUAUUUGGCGUGUGUUAGGGCACGAUGUGCGGGGUAUAGUGAUGCUGGUAGUAGUCGUGUCGUUGCAAAUGGUGGGGAUGGUAAGGGUUACGGUGGUGGUGGUGGUGGUAAGGACGUGUUCGGCCGGAUCAAAGGAUUUCGGUAUUUAGUCCAGGACAAGCCGGCCGGAGUUCUGCUCACAGACGAGUUCAUUGAAGGGGUCAAGUGGCUAGGACGGAAAGGCUACGCGUUUGAUCUUGGGGUGGAUCAACGACAGGGUGGAAUCUGGCAAUUACACGAGGCGGUGGAGAUGCUGGAGCGGGUCAUGGCCGGCGAGGAGGAUGAAGAGAAGAAGACGAAAAUUGUGAUAAACCAUCUGUGUAAACCGAAUAUGCGCAUUGAUCCGGCCAAUGCCAUGCACGAACCGAGUUUCCUCGAGUGGAGAGAACUCAUUCAACGCAUGGCGUCGUUUCCAACAACGUACAUGAAGCUCUCGGGCGGUUUUGCAGAAUUGCCCCCACAAGAGAUUGACAAGCCGUGGCCGGUAUCUGAGAUUGUGGCGCACAUUCAACCGUGGUUUGACGUGGCAAUGGACGCCUUUGGUCCGUCGCGCAUCAUGUUUGGGAGUGAUUGGCCAGUAUGCAAUGCUGGCGGAGCGGGAACUCGCCAUGCCUGGAAGAAUUGGCGGGCAACUGUAGCACUGUUGCUUGAACAGCGAGGUGUAACGGAGGAAGAAGCACGCCAGGUCUGGAGUGGGACGGCCAUACGCGCGUAUGGAUUGGAAUUGUAGAAAUGUGCCUGCGAUAGCAUUGGCAGAACUGGCAGUGCUUCAUUACAUAAAAUAUCGUACGGCAAUUUUAUCCUCGGAAUCUGAC